AUGUUGGCGGCUCGAUGGUUUGCCAACAUUUUAUUGGUUCUAUGUGCAGCUCUGUUACUAGAUUUCUGCAGCUCUACUAAAGUACCUAAAAAAACGGCAACGGACCUGGAAGACCUUUUAAGUGAAGAUUUUAAUGAUGGCUUCACAAAGGGUGCUUUCGUUCAUAACACUAAAAAGUUGGUCGAGGACGAUGGUAAUCAUGAUGAUGAAGAUGAAAACAAUUGGGCUGAGGAGAAAGAAGAUGAAGAUGAGGUAGAAAAUGACGGUCAAGAGGCGAUAGGCGAUGGAGAGGAUGGACAGGAAGAGAGUGAGGAUGGAGAUGAAGACGGUGAUGAAGAUGACAACGAUCUUUAUGAAGAAGACAAAACUGGCGAAUAUGAAGAUGACAUAAACACUGAAGAUCAAUAUCUAGGCGAUAGAAAAGAUGGAGAGGAAGAUAGUGAAAAUGGAGAUGGAGAUGACAAUGAAGAUGACAACGAUCUAGCUGAAGACGAAAAUGAAAUUGAAAGAAAUGAAAUUGAAGGUCAAGACGAAGACGAAGAUGUAGAUGAUACGUCCGAUUUAACGGCCAUGGAUGAUGCAUACGAGGCACAGGUUGCUGUGAGAGAGAAAGAAGGUAAAGUCUUAUGACUUAAAGAAAAAUCAGUCAGUGGUUAAGGGGAUGAAAAACUAGGAUAUUUGUCAAUUUUUUGGAAUGUGGAAACUAAUAGCUGGAAGAUGUUCUCUAAAACUCAAAAAGAAAAAUUACUUUUUUUCCACGUGAAGAUAAAAUGGAAAUGUCUAUUUAAAUCAAGUAACGCAACAAGCAUUAUUUAUGAUUCGUUUCGUUGUAGCAGUCAAAAAAUUCAGCCAGAGAUUUCUCGAGAGCAAACUCAUAAAAAUUGCUUAAAUCGGUACAAUUUAAUACAAAAACAUGAACUGUGAACUAUAACGUGAAUUAUAGGUGCUGCAAACAGCUUCAGAGACGAAAAUCUAGAUUUCUCACAAUAAACCGAGAAAAUGUUUAAAAGUGACAACGGCGUUGUUGCCAACUAAGUCGAAAAAAAAAGCUGUCUUUUUUAAAACUCUAAUCUAUACGCUACAAAUAGGUGUGAUUCGUUUCCCUGCUUUGUCCAUGUGUUUGAACUUGUUCGAAGGGAGUAUGAAAUACCGGGAUUAAAAACCUAAAUAUUGCCUUGCACAUGUUAGCUUAUUCUAAUAUUUUUCAACGACAGGACUAAAUCAGCAUAAAACUGAGGAUCCUUGGCGUAGACGACGAGGACGAAAGAGGCGACGUAAAAGAAGACGAAAGAGGCGACGUAGAAGAAGACGGAGAAGGCGACGAAGACGGAGACGAAGACGAAGACGAAGACGAAGACGUUACAGGUUACGAAAACUUCUCAGGAAGCUUAGGCGAGGAAAACGACGUCGGCGUAGAAUAUGCUUACGAUUACUAGGCCGUAGACGCCGUUGGACCCGCUGGCGACGCAGACGCAUCAGAGUAUGUUUCCGAUUUAAGACUUUCAGAAAACCCACUCCGAAACCUACCCAGAUACCUACCCAGGGACCUACUCAGGGACCUACCCAGAUACCUACCCAGGGACCUACUCAGGGACCUACCCAGAGACCUACUCAGGGACCUACUCAAGGACCUACCCAGAUACCUACUCAGAAACCUACUCAAGGGCCUACUCAAGGACCUACUCAAGGACCGAGUCAGGGACCUACACAAGGACCCUCUGCGGGGCCUUCUGCCGGACCUCCUGCUGGACCUAAUACGGGAGGAACGAACCCUACGCCAGGUGGAACAGAUCCCACUCCAGCAGGACGUUAG